UUCCAUUAUUUGAUGAAGCACUAUCAAAUGUAUUCCAGACUGGGAAAUGGCAGCAUUCCUCCACCAGUUUUAUUAGAAAACUAGUUUAUCCAAAUCAAGGUAAUAAAAGAACAGAAGUUUUAUGAAAAUGCUUGGAUCAGAACGUGGUGUGGUAGAAGAAUGGCUAUCAGAAUUCAAGGCAUUACCUGAAAUGCAGAUUUCCAAUUAUGCAGCAACACUUCAUCGGAAGAAAAUAUUAGUACCAGCUCUUUAUAAAGUUAUUCAAGACCCAAAUAAUGAGUUUUUGGAACCUGUCUGCCACCAACUCUUUGAACUUUACCGUAGUUCUGAGGUUCGUCUCAAAAGGUUCACAUUACAGUUCUUACCAGAACUCAUCUGGGUUUACUUGCGUCUCACUGUCAGCAAAGAUAGGCAGAGCAAUGGUUGCAUUGAAGCCCUACUUCUAGGAAUUUACAACUUGGAAAUUGCUGACAAAGAUGGGAAUAAUAAAAUUUUAUCUUUCACUAUCCCUUCCUUAUCAAAGCCUUCAAUUUACCAUGAGCCAUCUACAAUUGGUUCCAUGGCUUUGACUGAGGGAGCCCUGUGUCAGCAUGACCUCAUCAGAGUAGUUUAUAGUGAUCUUCACCCUCAAAGAGAAACAUUCACUGCACAGAACAGGUUUGAAGUGCUGAGCUUUCUUAUGCUGUGUUAUAAUUCCGCUAUUGUCUAUAUGCCUGCCUCUUCCUAUCAGUCGCUUUGCAGGAUGGGUUCUAGACUCUGUGUGAGUGGAUUUCCACGACAAAAUGAAAAAUGCUGGAAGGAAGAUGGUUGCAGAGUGGUAUUGGAUCCUGACUUCAUGGUUCAGCUGCUCACUGGAAUCUAUUACGCUGUUUACAAUGGACAAUGGGAACUUGGUCAGGAAGCCCUGGAUGACAUAAUAUACCGAGCUCAGCUUGAACUCUAUUCUCAGCCACUGCUGGUCGCAAAUGCAAUGAAGAAUUCAUUACCCUUUGAUGCUCCUGAUACAUCACAAGGAGGACAGAAGGUUUUGAAAGUAGAGGUUACUCCAACAGUGCCAAGAAUUUCUCGAACAGCUAUUACAACAGCUUCAAUCCGCCGACAUCGCUGGAGAAGAGAAGAUGGCUUUGACUUCUCAAAUGAUGCUGACAUGAGCAUUCCCGGAUCUCCGAUCCUGCACGGCUCCACAGACCUAGGGAUCAAACGCAAGCAAGAGGGGGACGUACUGGUGCUCAGGACCCCUGAGCUUGGCUCACCGGAGCCCAACUUGACACCAGCCACAAAAGAGGAUGCUGAAGGAGUCAGUGGAAGAGAAGAGUCUGUGAACUUCAAUGAUGCUGAUGAAGGGUUUUCCUCUGGGGCAUCGCUUAGCAGCCAGCCAGCUGGGACCAAACCUUUGCCCACAUCUCAGAGGGGCAGCUUAAGGAAAGGGGUGGCUGGGCUUUUGGCCAAGGAUAAGGAAAUAAUCUUGGCUACCAAAUCCACAGACAGCCCUCGAGAAUCUGCCCGUAAGCAGUACCUACACCAGUCAGUGGACCUCAGUACAGAUGCAAUUGAAAUGACUCCCACAAAGAAACAUUUGAGUUUGCCUGCUGGGCAGGUUGUACCAAAAGCCAGCGGUGUGAGCCUGAUCCGGACUGCAAGUGCUUCUUCCAGUAAAUCAUUUGACUAUGUGAACGGCAGUCAAACGGGUUCCAGUGUUGGUAUUGGCAGUGAUGGUGUUACUAACUUAGCAGCUGGCAACUCCAAUCGUUUUUCGACCAUUAGUCUACAAGAGGACCGGUUAGGCCAAGCUGGAAAUGGUAAAGAUGUCCGCUCACCAGGAGCUCCUCUGACUAAGCAGUCCCGAUCCCCAAGUUUCAAUAUGCAACUAAUAUCCCAGGUUUAACUUCGUUGUCUUUCCUAUAUUUUUUCCAUUUGCCCAGUUCUUUUUUGAGCAACGUCUACAAUCUUCAUCCUAUCGUCUGAAAAUCCGGCUUCUGUGGUCUUGUUCAAUUCAUUUUAGAUACUAUACUAUAUUUUGUACUGAAACAGCAAUAAAACCUCAUAUUCUAGCCCUUCUUCCCCUCUCCCAUAAAUGUCAUUGUGAAACAGUAUAAAAUAUACUUUACGCCUUUUCCAUGCCUUCGGUUCUCCUUGGGUGAUGUGCAAUCCAUUAUAGGCCGAUCCGUUCCCAUUUCAACACUGUGAGUCUUGAGAAGAUUGGAGGAAAUGGUGAAUGUGAUCCCUAUCAAAAUGAAGCUUUGGCUUUCCAGAGAAAUAAUAAACGGGUUAGUUUUCUCCGUCUAAAGUUCUGCAAAGACUAAUGAAUUGUGAUUUUUUUUUUUUGUCUCUUGGAACCAAGAGUGCCUCAGAGAUUCUAGUAGGACUUUGGACCUCUGAGUUAGUGCAAUCAGUAGGAGGAAUACAGUCAUUGCUUCUGAUGGCGGUUGAAAUGCACUUUGUCAUGAACAUUAGAGUAGUCUUCCUCUUCCAUCCUUCCACUCUUGCCCUCCCAAGCUUAAUGUUCAGCUGAGACAUGUAUAUGUGACCAGGAUGUUGCCCCUUCAGAACGAAUGGGCUAUAAGUAGACAGCAUAGGUUACCAUGCAGUUUUAAGGCCUGUGGAGCCAUGUUUACAUGUCUUCCUCACCCAGGAAACAGGGUUGCUUUGCCUACAUGUUAGGAUUUUGAAAGAAGAAGUACGUUUAAAACAAGAUUGAGAAAAUGGGACAUGGGCUUUUCCAACCAUGACUACUCAUCAAUGCUCCUUUUAAAGUUACUUUUGUAAGCUGAUAAUCUUUGGAACAUACAAGAACAAUUGAAGUUUAGGCGAGGGAGUUUUCCAGGGUGCUUGCCUAAAUUUUGUCACUGAACAGACUCAGAAGCUUCAAAAAAGACAAUUGUUCUCCAGUGGGAAAUGCCAGGGACAGAGGCAAUGGCUGCUGGAAAUACUGAGGCAUCAGUUUCCCUUAAAAUCAUUUCUCAAGCAGUGGGGGUUUUGGCAGCUCGCUCUCUCCAAAGGAAACAAUUCACUGCCUAUAUUUUGAUCAAUCCGUUUGCAGUUACAUUAUUUGAUAUAGUUAAUGUAAUGCGGGUGUGUGUGGGGGAGCUAAAGAUACUAUCCCCACUCUAAUCUGGGAAUGCAUACUGUUGAACUUAACCUUGAAUGCAUGUGGUGUGUCAGCAAUAUGUGAUAUCUGUGCUGUAGAUCACUGCUUUAAAUUGCAUUUCUUAUUCUAAAGAAAGUAUUCAUCAUGUUCUAAAUGGUAAUAUAUACAUGAGAAGCAAAAGGGGGCUGUUUUGCCUUCUUACCUUUUGCUGUACUUUGACCUGGAAUUUUGCUGACAGUUAAUCAAAGGAACAGAUGUAAGUUAUAUUCCCCACCCUACCCCAUUGGCAUUUUGAAUUCAUUACAAGUUGAGAGGGAUUCAAACAUACUAGAUUGUUUUUAGAAGGGUCAAAGGUUACAAAAUUCAGAUUACCAAGUGCCAUUAUUCUGCUGAAGAAAAAUUUAAACUUAUUGAUAGCUUCCAGUUCUUCUACUCUCUUUCUUCCCUGACUUUUAGUUUGAAUCUGGAGUUUGUCAGAAGAAUUGUAGCUAAAGUAAUCCUAAUUUUAAAGUAUUACUAUUACACUGAGUAAUAGUUACUUUGUAUGGGCCCUCAUUGAAGCAAAGCUAAUGUCAAAUUUAAUUCCAAUAUUACUAAAACUCAGGAAUGUUUCACCAGUGAUUCAUUGUAAUUACGAAUAUCCAGAGUAAUUUUAAAUAAUAUGUAUAAUGUAGCUUCCUUGAGCUCUAAAGCCAUCCAUUACAGACAACCAGAAAGUUUCUAUGUUCUGUAGAGGGGGGACCUAGCUGUAUUUGUUUAUUUUUCUAGAGAACUAAUAUGAUUCCCAUAUAAUUCAGCAGUCUUUUUUUGAUAAUAGAAACUAUGACCAUCAUCCAGAGAACUGCAUGAGUAGUUUUAUAACUCCAUGGACUUUGGGCUUGCGAGUAUUAAGCAGCAGUUCAUUAUGCAACAUAUCAAACCGUGUUUGCAUCCUUCUGAUUUAAUGGUGUGAAGAUCACAGAAGUGAUUGUGACAUAAGCUAUUUGACAAGAUUUUUUUUAAUCCCAUUGGGGGUGUCCAAGCCUGUGGUUGCACCUAGAGUAGCUUUUUAAGAUCCAGAUCCAUGUAUUCUACACAGCGAAAGCCAAAAGUCUUAGUUAAAAAGAAAUAUUGCUAUGAUUCAGAUCAGUUGGACUUAUUUGUUCUUUUUGAAAGAAAUUUAAAUCACAUGUUAAGCUUGUUUUUUAAAAAAAUCUGUGUAUAGUUGUAUGCACAUAAUAAGCAGAAAUUCUAAUUUACAUACUGAUGAUUGGUAGCUUGCUAUCAAACUGGAAUGUGUUUAACUGUGCAAAUGUUCAUCUUAAAGAGGUUAUAGUUUAUUUUUUAAAAAAUUGAAUAAAAAUAUAUUGUAUCUUCUCAACAUAUUGAAAUUACAAUUUAUGCAUAUGUUGGGGUGAUGAUUUACUCAUAUGAUUAGUAAACCGGUUGUUUUCUCCUGUGCAGUACAAUUUCCUGUAUUUAGUUCUUUUGCUUUUAGUAUCACUUGACAUAUCAUAACAUCAAAUAUAUAUUUUAAAUAUUG